GUUGUGCUCCGAAAUAUAACAUUAGGUGUUCACAUCAAAGACUUUCAUUUCGUCUGUUACGAAGAUCAUAAUCGGGCACUGACGCUCCACACUGGUGACCCCGACGAACACGAAGCAAAGAAAAUAAAACCUCGCGGAAAAUGCCCGACGACACAACGAAAGCACCGCCCCAAGGCAACGUGCCCGAGCAAGCUGCAGCAUUUGGAGAGCCGGUCCCUACUACACCCGCUCCCGAAGUAUAUCGCGUAAGCGUCAAAGUUCCACCUUUUUGGCCGGAGGAGCCCGAGAUAUGGUUUGCUCAGAUUGAAGGGCAAUUUAGCCUGUCGAAUAUUACGGCAGACCAGACUAAAUUCAACUAUGUGAUCAGUCAUCUUGAUCAACAACACUGCAAAGACGUUAAAGAUUUGAUUGUUUCACCACCUGCCGAAAAUAAAUAUAAAAAACUGAAAGAAGAGCUAAUCAAACGACUCUCCGCCUCGAAAGAUAAGAAGGUGAAACAACUGCUGAUGCAUGAGGAACUUGGAGACCGCAAACCAUCGCAGUUCCUCAGGCACCUCAGAGGCCUAGGCGGGCCAACGCUGGCUGAAGACCUGCUGCUGUCAAUCUGGAGGUCACGCCUGCCCAACAACAUUCAAACGGUUAUCGCUGUGCAACCUGACGCCUCCCUCGACGUAUUAGCAGACUUAGCGGACAAAGUCCAAGACAUCGCACCUUCAACUCCACAAGUUGCGUCAACGUCAUCAGAAUUUCCCGGCUCUUCCCUAGGUGAACUAAAAACCGAAAUCGCAGAACUAAGGAAACAAAUGGAAAGCUUGAAAACCAACUUAAAUAGAUCUCGCUCACCGUAUCGUUCCGGGUCAACACGCCGUCAACGCAGCAAGUCCGUCAAGCGUUCAUCAUCUAACUAUCAAAGAUUUCCCGUAUGUUGGUAUCACGCCAAGUUCGGGAAAAAUGCAACAAGGUGUGAUAAGCCAUGUGAUUUUCCGUCGGAAAACUUGCCGGGCAGUCAGUGAUGGCGACGGACGAUUGCCACGGCACUUCAGGUCGCCUGUUUGUAACUGAGCGCAAUACCAAGAUGCAGUUUCUCAUUGACACGGGCAGUGAUCUCUGCGUCUUCCCGCACACAUUACUUAAACAGCGCCGCUCUAAAACAAAUUACCAGCUGUCAGCCGCUAACAAUUCACCCAUUGACACCUUCGGCUACGCGCACCUAAUUCUAGACCUGGGCCUACGCCGCGAAUACCCCUGGCGUUUUAUCGUUGCCGAUGUUAGUAAAGCGAUUAUCGGAGCUGACUUUCUAGGACACUACAACCUUAUGGUUAGCAUCCGACAAAAACGAUUAAUCGAUGCUACCACUUCAAUUUUCGCAACAGGCACAGUCG